AUGCAGUCCUGGAGAAAAGAUAUAUGUUCAACUCAUCGGAAAAGUUCUAAGCGUGCUCCGGAUGAUAUAUUAACUGAAGCAUCAGCGUUUUCAGUCGGCAGUAUCCGUAGCAAUUAUGUACCGGAUGGCGAACGUUCCCAAAUGAAUCGGAUACUUAACGAGAGUGGAAUUAGUCCAAUAAAAUCACAAGCUAAAAUGCAACUUGAAGCACAAUCAGCCGGUAGUAUUCAAAGAAUGGUGGCCAAGUUCAAUCAAUGUGUCCGUAAUUUUGGAGAAAAAAUUGCAGAUACGAUAGCCCCAGGUCAAGGCAUACAACUGUUAGAAUUAGCAAAAUUAGAUAAUGAUAAUGGUAAAAACGACAAUAAUCAAACUCGCAUUAUAAUGAAUAAUGAAAUGGUGUCGAAUUUGAAAAAAGUUUAUGAUUUUUAUAUUAAUAAUAAUAUGCCAUUUAUUGAACAAGUUAGAAUCAUCGCUUUAUUGCCACGUAACUGGACCUAUGAUCAAGUAAUGAAUGCUUUUGGUUGUUCGAAAAGUAUUGUUGACAAAUUUGCAAUACCGCAGAAUGAACGAAAACGUUUGCAAAAACAAAUUCAAGUAGCUGAAAUGUAUCAAAAGUCACGAUAUGCUGGACAUUGUUCAUUGACAUCAGACUGUGUCACACAUUGCAUAACAUUUGGUUUGAGUGAUCCUUCAAGCCCACAUUUCGAAACUAAAUGCCAACAUUCACAUACAACAAAUUGUUCGGGUUGUGUUAAUAUAUUUAAUACAUUAGAUGAAUUCGAAAAAAUAGUAAAAGAGAUAAAUGAUCGAGAAAUGAGAACAGAAGCCCACGUUCGACUGGGGACAGAAAAUUUUACCACAAAGUAUCGUGAACCUCAAAAAGAUUAUUUCGGAAAGCGCGGUAUGUCCUUAUUAGCGGGAUCAUUUGUUUGGAAAGACAAUUCUUCAGUUACAACAACAACAACUGCGACAACUACUCCAUUUCGCACAGCUUCUGAAGUCCUAAAAGGAAAGGAUAUAUGUGAUCGUAUAAUGGAUGUAUCGAAAUCUCGUUUACGUGCAUGGGAAAGUAACGGACAUGAUAUACAAAACGCAGUUGAUAUAAAAGAAGGAUUUGAAUAUGCAGAUGGAAUUAAAGACACAAAAGUAGCAGUGGCACAAAUAAUUGAUGAUGAAGAACGUGUCCUUGGUGCAUCAAAUAUUCCAAAUGUUACGACAGUUAGAAGUAUUGUGUAUGAUGCAAAUGGAAUGAAAAUUCGCAAGGCAAGUGGAAUUGGUAAAGGAAAAUAUGUACCAUAUAAAAAUAUAGAUUUCGAAAGUAAUAUGAAAAUAAUAAUUCCAUUUGCGAAUAGCAUUGGUUCUCGUUUAUCUGCUUCAGUCAAAUCAUCUCAGUAAGUUCUUGAGGAAUUCCUUGACACAAUUUGUAAUGUGAAAUCGUUACUCCGACUUUUAGGCGUGCCGAUAGAAAAUAUAACAAUAUCCGUCUAUGUCCUAUCAACAGUUGCACAGCUAGUUUUGAAACCGAGGAAGAACUGAAUAUUCACAUAGCUUCGAAUCUUCAUACAAAGCGUUCAUCGAAUGAUACCGCUAGAUCACAGACAUCCACUUCUGUGUCGUUCCCAUGUCGUAGACGUGGAUAUGUAGCUAUUUUUGGUUGUCUGUGGGUGUCUCUAUGUUGUCAGUGACUAUCUGUGAAUGUGUGUGCUGUCUGUGGGUGUCUUCAUGUUUUACUAUUACCCCUUGAGAUCCUGCUUUAGGUUCGUUUUUCUUAAGCGUUUUCGAUUUCAACAUUCGGCGUAAGAAGAUUUUUAAAAUAAAAAAAUCCUUUUUUAUACAGGAUUUCGAGAAGGAAAGCCUAUUUGCCGAAACGAAGAUGAACCUGAAAUAGGAUCUAAAGUAUCUGUGGUAAAAUUUCCAGCUCGAUCGGACCGUUUUUUCGAGGGGUCGUAAUGUGACUGAAUGAAAACUGAAAUUUUUCAGAAAAACUGUAGAAGAACAUGUCAGAAAAUUCCGGGCAAAAUACAUCGAUCUUCUUUUCUGAUGUUCCAUCUCUGGUGUUUUAAUUUUCAUCCGAUCAAACAUCGGCUUUCCCAGUUUUCAAGAGGAUCAUAAAAGGUGAGAGGGUGAUGUCCUUAAAUAGAGACGGUACGCAAAACCUAAGAUGGAUUAUUUCCUGGAAUGUGUGAUAGGAAUGAUGUCUCUUUCGUACCUAUAUCAUCUACUUCUGUUUAAAAUCGUCGAUAAACUGUAUGUCACAUGAUCGGAAAUCGAUCAUGACUAGUUAUAAAAUCAUUAAUUAACCGGAGUUUGCUGCCUAUAAUAGAUUAUUUCAACAGCUGGCUGCGGUUAAUAAUUAGCCGUUUUUUACCGGUUGGGUGAACACUGGUCUCUGUUUCCACUCGUAAUAGAAAUCGGCUACCUCUUAAGCAUGAACUGAUAAAUCUUUCUUUUAUAAAUUCUACAGAAGCAAAAGUUUGGAUAUUCUACUAAUAUUUAUCCUAUUAACCCUUUGAGGACCGGUGGUCCAAAAAUGGACCACCUAUUUUUCAAUAAAGGAAAAACUGUUUAGUUUACAUUAAACUAAUACACAUGUAAGGUUAUUAAGGUCAUAAACAACUACAUGUGUCA